AUGGAAAAAAUGUUGAGUGACACGUUUGAACGUGUCUUCAACGAGAUCAAAGACAUCAAAGCUUCACAUAACUCUCUAAUCAACCGUUUGGAUAGUCUGGAAGAGAAAAUUCUCGAACUAAGUUUUGAAAGAUCCAAUCAGCAAAAAAUGCUUUAUUCAACACUUGUUAAAAUUCGAUCUGAUGAAAAUAAACUAGAAGAGAAAUCAAAACGUAUAGCGUUGAUUGGCAUAGAUGAACAAGGCGAUGAGAACCUUACUCGUCGUUUUGAUCGUGAGAUCAUAAAGGAGUUCGUCUAUACCUCUGGUGAACAGCAGCUAGUAGAGGAGUUUGAAAAGGGAAAUGUGACUGUACAACGUUACCCGCCUGGCCAGCCAAAGAGCCCUCGUGUGCGUGGGCGAGUCAUCAAAGUUGGUCUCCGCUCCAAGGAGUUACGAGACCAACUUUUACAGCACAUGAGGGCCGGGCGCCAAAGUUUAACCCAGAAGUUCAUUCAUUCCUAUGCAAGACGCGACUAUACGUAUGAAGAGCUUCAACUUGAUCGGGCUCUUCGUAAACAAGCUGGCGACCUUAACGCCCGGGAAGGGAAGUUGAUGUAUGUAGUUCGCGAUUUUGAAAUAGUUAAAUUGAAAUCACCGCGCGAACUUCCCAGACGCUCUUUAGUCUCCUCUAGUCUCCGUAGUAACUAUGUGAACGGUGCAUCUGGCAACAGAAGCAUCGUUGACCUGGAAGAGGAACGUGACUCUCCUACUACAAAUUUGACCUUAUCACCUAUUUAUUGUGCGCAGUAUACCCCCAAAACUUCAAAUACACGCUAG